CCUUGAGGCAUGGUGCGGCAUUAGUGUUUGUUUUUUGUGUCUAGAUGAUAUAUGAAUCAAGAAUUAAUUAAUGAUGUCGAUUUUCAAUGUGAAAAAUAUGAUCGGACAAUUUAACCCCAAGUUUGUCAUUACACUACCGUCGAUCAAUUUAUCCCGAACGCAAAAGAUUUUAAUUAUUUGCCUAACAAGUGGAACUCUCUUGUUGGGUGGAUUAGCCCAAUUUCUGAAAAGGCGCAGAAGACAUCCAGCCUCUUUUGCUAGAAGAUAUCCCAGAGACGUGAGACAUAAGUACAUAAACGGAAAGGGUUCAAACUUGGAUGCUGUAUCCCAAGUAUCCUGGGCGAGGCGUAGCGAAGCUAGUACUCGGAGUCACGUCAGUGACCGAGCCUCUCUGAUCUCGUCAGUUCCAGGUGGCCCAGACGGUGAUGUCAAGCUUACGCCGCAACAAUACGGAGUACUCGGACUCGAGGCGCUCGAGCGAGCCAUAUACUGCUGGGAGGAUGCCCUUACAGCUUUCAGUUCCUCAUUGAACUGCGGAGAUGCCCUUGCUCUACCCUCCAAGGCCGACGCCGCGUUUACUCACGAUGUCCAAGAGCUGCUAGACCUCGGUUACCACAUACAAAGCACCGCCGAGCUCCUCUUUAUAGAUCAGCACUCCGUACUAUUCCGUAACGAAAGCGACGCAGGCAGCGAGGAGAGCCGGAAGCAGUCCGUAUCAGGAACUCGGGCGUCUUCCACCCUCAGGGAUAAGCAGGACGCGGCGUCAUCCCCCGAGUCGUUUGAAUCGGCCCGCGACGGGGUCGCGGAUCUUCGGGAGUUUGAGGAGUUCUCCGAGUUCUUCCCGCACUUUGAAAAGCAGAAAUUGUACCAUACGGCGCUCAAGCAACACGAGGACAAGGGCAUACCUUGCAGGAAGUUACACACGGAGUUGGUUAAGUGUGGUUCCGAUGUCGAGUACCUGGCCAAGGUCCACUGCCUGCGGCAGGCUUUCUCCAGGUUAUUCGCCUGGCCCGCUGCCGCCUCGUGGAUAGCUGACAUGGGAAGGCAGCUGAUCACUGAUCUGAUCGUAUACGCGGAUAGGGAUCCGAAAGAGUAUAUAACGCACUACGAAGCCAUGCUCGACUUUCUUCAGGAUCCAAGCAAGCGCAGUAUGAUGCAGGAGGAACUCUCGGGGCGAAAUGUAAAGUGCAUCAACUUCUACGACGUGCUGAUCGACUUUAUACUACUUGACGCUUUCGACGAGGUCGAGAAACCACCAUCCUCGAUAAAGGCGAUACUCCAGAACCGAUGGAUUUCAGCGAGUUUCCGUGAAACGGCCAUAGGUACGGCGGUGUGGUCAGUGCUAAUGGGAAAGCGCCAGAUGCUCAAAUACAACAAGGGUUUCCUAGCACAUUUCUAUUCUAUUUCGGAACAAAUAUCACCGGUCUUGGUCUGGGGUUUCCUAGGACCUGAGGGCAGCCUUCGUGCUACUUGUUACUACUUCCGGGAGCAGGUCGUCGAGUUUCUUGUUGACAUAUUCAAUUUUUUUAAAGUUCGCUAUACCACGGUCGAUGAGCUGGCCGAGGACAUCCUUAGGGAAAUAAAAACUAGGGUUGGUAACAUAAAUCAAAGACUUUCACUGGAAGGUUGUUAAAAAAUGCUGCAUUAUAGAAAUUUAACAUUUGUAAUUGAUUAGACUAACCGGAACGAGUUAUCGUUCGAAUAACUGGGCUGACCGCCUUAAUAGUGAAGGUACAACGACUAUACAAUUAACGGGUAAUUUGCUUCACCCGUAGAUGUUUGACCGUGUGUUCAAAGUUACGUACAUUUAAGGAUAGACGACGAUGAAUUCCUAGAGAAUGGUAAAUAUGAUCUGUGGCGUUCUUCUCGUUAGUUUUAUGUAGCAAUAAUUCAUUCGACGGUGAAUGCCGUUCGUCGCUGUGGAUAGGGUAAAAGAUUUACUAUCUCGGAAUGAAGGAAGAAAAUUUCAUUAUCGUUAGUAAAGGUGCCGACUAGUCUGUGGGUUAUUUGUAGGACAAAUAAACAGCGUAUAGUUUGCUUUAAUUUUGUAAAUAAUAGUAAAAAACGAAGCAAAAGGUAUUCUGUAAAAUGCUAAUAAUAUUUCACGCAAAGCGCACCAAACUGAUUGAUAUAGCAAUUUCUAUUCAACGCGUAUAAUUAUAUAUAAUUUAUACAUGCAUAGAUAUACAUAUAGGUCUGAGUAAAUCGUAUGUAACAUACGUACGUACAUGAUUGCAUCAAGCGUACGACAAAAUCUUGACUUUAUAUUACAAAAUACAAUUUUGUACUUUUUCCUUUCCCUUAAUCAAAAAUCGACCCUGAUUGACCUAUUCUUCAUCACUAUUCUUUCGCGAGAUUUUUCAUGUGAUGACGUUAGAUUUUAAUCGAACAGACAAUAUCAACAUUCCAGAUUUUAUUUUCAUUUGAUAUAGAAACAACGAUACCUGAAUACAUGUAUCACCGAAUAUGUUAACCCUUUUGCCAUAAUGAGACUGAACGACUCAACGAGGACAGCAAAUUGAGGGUUUCUAUAAUUAGCGUUGCUUUCAGAGGAUGCAAAAAAAAAAAAAAUACAAUAUGCGUCUCGUUCUACUGACAAAAGAUUCAAAUUCUUGAAAAAUCAAGCAUCCCUUGAGACGUGGAAAAGGAUGAAGGCAAAGAGUAAAGCGGGGGGUUUGCGGCAUGUAGUUCCGCCUGAUAUACAGGCAUGUAGACAUUUCAAUCAAAUCGAAACUUAACCCCUUGCCCAACAAUUUAAGUUCCGAUGGUAUAUGCUAUAAUGAACAGCAAGGUCGGUUGCUCGUCGAAUCGUUUCACUGGUCGGCUAAACGUUCGAAGUUGUGCCAAUCCCAUACAUCUCAUAAUAUGUAAACAGAUGUGUAAGAUACAAUCGGUUCAAUUUCUUAAGAUGUUUAAUAAAUAAUUAU